CUUUUAUUUCUUCUGACCAAAAACUCGUUAUUCCAGCGUACAAGUUCAAUGUGCAGAAGAAGAAUAGGACACUGUUGCGUUGCUGGCUCCUAUACGUUUCUGUUGCAGUCGGUUUCGCUCCGUUGGCACAACCAGCCACGAAAGCAAUAAGCGUUUGAAGCCAAUUAGCAGCAAUUUUAAGCCGAACAUUUCCAGUUCGUUAAUCUCCGCAUAGACAACAGCAAUUACACGAAUGUCGUCAAGUGCAACGCACACGUUGUUUACGACUGGCGUGCUGAUGGUGCUGAUGGCCUCUUGGUGCGUUCCGCUCGGCCGGGCCAAAACUUACGACAGAUGCCAGCUCGCCCGCGAUUUACUCCACAAGUACAAACUGCCGGCCAAUCAAAUCUCCCAGUGGAUUUGCCUUGUGCGCUGGGAAAGCAAUUUCAACACGUCUGCCAUCGGCUCUCUCAACGCGGAUGGCUCUCUUGAUCAUGGAUUGUUCCAGAUUUCAGACCUAUACUGGUGCGAUCACGCAGAGGGCAUGGAUAGCGCCUGUGGUAUCACUUGCGAAAACCUAAGGAACGAGGAUAUUAAAGACGACGUCAUUUGCGCCAAGCGAAUCUUCCGGCAACAUCAGCACUUGACGGGAAAUGGCUUCAACGCGUGGGUGGCGUGGAAGCUUCACUGCCAGGGAAAUACGGAUUCUUACACUGCCGAUUGUAGCACUUCUAAAGGUAGCCCAUCACUGACCAACGAUUCGAACGCCGAUCGGGAGCGGAAACCGCAAUUGGCCGCUCGACCAGAAAACCCGCAAACGCAGCAACCCAACUGGCUAUGGUCCCCGUUCAGUCAACCAAUUCCGACCGGUUGGCUAUUCUUUUGAGCACAAAAAACCUAGGGAAAAAAAAAAAACUGAAAUAAAACGAUGCUUGUAGAAAGAGA